AUGGUGAGAUGUAACAGCAGUAUUGAUCAAGUCACAGAGUUUAUUCUUGUUGGAUUUCCAUAUCUCCAUGGCUAUCAACCAGUUUUAUUCAUCAUAUUUCUAGUCAUCUACAUAGUAAUACUUGGAGGAAAUAUUUCCAUACUAAUUGCUGUUGUAACAGAUCAGAAAUUACACAAGCCCAUGUACUUUUUUCUUUGCAACCUGGCUGUUUUAGACCUAAUAUUUACCACUUCAAUAAUUCCAAAAAUGUUAGCAUUGUUCCUAAUCAAUGCCAACACUAUAUCAUUUACAGCAUGUUUUGUACAAAUGUGCCUAUCGCAUACCAUGGGGUUAUUUGAGUGCUUCCUUCUUAUGGUAAUGGCUUAUGACCGCUAUGUGGCAAUAUGCAACCCACUACAAUACUUUUCCAUUAUGAAUAACAGAUUUAAUAUACUAACAGCAUUUUCCAGUUUUGCAGUGGCUUGCACAGUGAUUGUAUCACUUUCUAUUUUUACCGCUCAGUUUCCCUACAGUGGACCGAGCCAAAUUAAUCAUUGCUUUUGUGAUCAUUUUGUUAUUGCCAGAUUAUCUUGUGCAGAUAUCACCCCACUUAUUAUUUGGGCAAUGUCAAUUAUUGUAGUGCUUGUUUCCACACCAUUUGCACUUGUGAUAUUUUCAUACAUAAAUAUAAUUAGAACUGUUUUACAAAUUAGAUCCACAACAGGACGCAAGAAGACAUUUUCUACUUGCAGCUCUCAUUUGACAGUUGUCAGCAUAUACUAUAUGUCAAUUGUUAUUAGUUUUUCUUCAUAUGGAGCAGAAGUUUCUGAUGAAGUCCAUGCACUCGGUACUAUUUUCUUCUCUGUAUUUGCUCCUGCACUAAAUCCAGUUAUUUAUACACUGAGAAAUAAGGAUGUUCGAGAAGGUAUUAAAAAUGUCAUC